AUGGGCAGCCUGCAUCGUCGUUCCCCAGAGCCAGUAUGGAAAGGAUUUAAUCUCGACACUGGUGCGGUUACUGGAGCCCCAAAACUCGACAUCAUAAAGCGAUCGGUGGAUUCCAACAUAUACCGUCGUUCUCCAGAGCCAGUAUGGAAAGGAUUUAACCUCGACACUGGUACGGUUACUGGAGCCCCAAAACUCGACAUCAUAAAGCGAUCAGUGGAUCCCAACAUAUACCGUCGUUCCCCAGAGCCAGUGUGGAAAGGAUUUAACCUCGACACUGGUACGGUUACUGGAGCCCCAAAACUCGACAUCAUAAAGCGAUCAGUGGAUCCCAACAUAUACCGUCGUUCCCCAGAGCCAGUGUGGAAAGGAUUUAACCUCGACACUGGUACGGUUACUGGAGCCCCAAAACUCGACAUCAUAAAGCGAUCGGUGGAUCCCAACAUAUACCGUCGUUCCCCAGAGCCAGUAUGGAAAGGAUUUAACCUCGACACUGGUGUAGCUACUGGAGCCCCAAAACUCGACAUCAUAAAGCGAUCGGUGGAUCCCAACAUAUAUCGUCGUUCUCCAGAGCCAGUAUGGAAAGGAUUUAACCUCGACACUGGUGUAGCUACUGGAGCCCCAAAACUCGACAUCAUAAAGCGAUCGGUGGAUCCCAACAUAUACCGUCGUUCCCCAGAGCCAGAAUGGAUAGGACUCAGUUACAGCAGUCAAAGACAGGCAAGAUUGACUAAACGAUCUCCAGGGCUUGGAAAACAAGGGUUUAAAAAUGCUCUUAUGAUGAAUGGUGGUAUGCUUCUCUUCGGUAAUAAGAUUAACCCAACUGGUACUGGUAUUGGUAGUAGUCCUGGUAGUCGUAAUAGUACUGAUACCAGUACUAAUGGCAACAGUACUGCUAAUACUAAAGGAAAAUCAAAAUAA